UCUUCCAUUUUAAAAUAUUCACGCUGGUCUUCGAAAAUUCUGCCAAUUCUUAAAAUACAGAACUGAGCCUGAGAUGUCGCGUAAAAAUGUCCUCAACUUGAUCAAUACUAUCGUGGCCAAUUCCUGCAAGUGCCCCGCCCACUCACAUAACUAUGGAUCAGCAGCGCCCACUGGGGUCCAGACGGGACAGAAGGAAUACGCCUUCGAGGCAAGUCUCCGCUUUGGACUUUGGCCUUUACGCAGAUAGGAGAUAAGCUUUCGUUCUGCCUAUAGUUUAUAGAUGUAUCAGCCGACAGCCAAAGUCCAAGGAAAAUAAUAAUCAUAAUAAUAAUAAUCGUCUAUGUUUGGUAGAUGUCUGAUCGCUUCAAAAACUUGAAAAAACGUGUUGUAUAAGUGGAUCUGUAGAAGCAUCGAUGUUUGUACAUUGCAGACAUCGAUGUUUUUUGUAAAACAUUACAUGUAACCUUUAGAUUACAUUAGAAGCUUCUGACCAAAUUAUAGGUUGGGUUAAGUCAAAUUAUUAUUGCCCUGGUAAAGGUGUCAAAUUUAUGUUACUGCAUCAAUAAUUCAUAUAUUUUGUUCCUUUUGCAAUUAAGA